AUGUUCAAGAAAUCUGAUAAAAAAGAGAAUGUACCAAACUGCAUCCAGUUGAAAACAUUGGUGAUUAAAGGCAUUAAGAACCAACUGAUAGAUCAAUUCCCGGGUAUUGAGCCAUGGCUAAACCAAAUUAUGCCAAAGAUAGACCCUGUUAAGAUAAUACAAUGUCAUGAACAUAUAAAAAUUCUCACAGUAAAUGAUGCACUGCUGUUCUUCAGACAAAGGGAAGGGCCCUUUUAUCCCACUCUGAGGUUACUACAUAAAUAUCCCUUCAUUCUACCACAUCAAGUCAAUAAAAGAGCCAUUAAAUUUUUACUUAGUGGAGGAAAUAUCAUGUGUCCUGGCCUGACGUGUCCAGGAGCCAAACUUUAUCUUGCUGCUGCUGAUAGGAUUGUGGCAAUAAUGUUGGAAGGAAAGCAACAUGCACUACGUGUUGGGGUCAUGAAGAUGGUAGCAGACUAUAUAGAAAAAGUCAACAUUGGCAGUGAAAAUAUUCACUAUUUAAAUUAUGGCCUUUGGCAUAUGAAGACCUACAAGUGAAAUCAGCUGGAAGUAUGCAACUUGCUUGCCAGC